AUGAAGUAUGAUAUUCCGUUGUUGGAUCGAAACACCAGGUUCUCGCUAUGGAAGGUGAAGAUUCGAGAUGUUCUUGCACAGUUAGAUCUCGACGAUGCAAUAGAAGGAUUUGAUGAGAAGCCGGUAACACAAUGGACGAAUGAGGAAAAUUAUAAGGAUCGUAAAGCUCUUUCUCAGAAAUCAUUGACCAGCAAGUUGCACCUAAAGCAACGUCUUUAUUCGCUCAAGUUGGCAAAAGGUUUGUAUCUUGAAGAGCAGCUAACCGCAUUCAAGGAAACAAUAUCUAAUAUGGAGACUUUAGAAGUGAAGUAUAAUCAAGAAGACUUAGGAAUGAUCUUCUUAUGUUCGCUGCCUCCUUCCUACUCAUCUUUCAAAGUUACAAUCUUGUACAGUCAUGAAACACUCACUCUUGAAGAAGUUUACAAUGGCUUGCACUCGUUUGACAAGAUGAAACAUCUUGUAUCUAGUUCCAAGCCCCAGGAAGAUUGUCUUGUGAUGCAUGAAUCGACUAGCUCAGACAAUGGGAGAAAAGACGAGCGUUCUUCUAAUAAUAUUGGAAGAGUUAGAUCAAAAUCUUCCAACCAAG